AUGUACUUCAAUGGUCUCUACCACCUUUUCUACCAAUACAAUCCCAAAGGUUCUGUGUGGGGAAACAUUGUGUGGGCCCACUCAAUCUCCAAAGACCUCAUCAACUGGGAAGCCCUACCCCACGCCAUCUUCCCCUCCAAGCCCUUCGACGUAAACGGUACUUGGUCCGGCUCCGUCACCAUCCUCCCUGGCAACCGCCCCGUCAUCCUCUACACCGGCCUCGACAACGACAAGCGACAGAUCCAAAACUACGCCGUUCCGGCCAACGUAUCCGACCCCUACCUCCGGGAAUGGCUCAAGCCGGACGACAAUCCCCUCGUCCUCCCCGGCUCAGACAUGAACGCCAGCCAAUUCCGUGACCCCACGACUGCAUGGUGGCACGGCGGCCAUUGGAGAAUGGUGGUGGGUGGCAAGAGAAAGCACAGAGGGAUGGCGUGGCUUUAUCGGAGCAAUGACUUCAAGCACUGGGUCAAGGCCAAGCAUGCUCUCCACUCUGCCUCCCAAACUGGCAUGUGGGAGUGCCCCGAUUUUUUCCCCGUUUCGUUGCAUGGGAAGAAUGGACUGGACACAUCAAAAGUUGGUGAGGACGUGAAGCAUGUGUUCAAAGUGAGCCUUGAUGAGACUCGCUAUGAAUAUUACACAGUCGGGAAAUAUGAUCCUGAGGGUGAUAUCUAUUUGCCAGAUAACACUUCGGUUGAUGGUAGGGAUGGGUUGAGAUUGGAUUAUGGGAAUUUUUAUGCUUCCAAGACUUUCUUUGAUCCUUCAAAGAAUAGGAGGAUCCUGUGGGGUUGGGCUAAUGAGUCUGAUACAGCUGACGAUGAUACAGCUAAGGGAUGGGCUGGAAUUCAGGCAAUUCCAAGGGAGGUGUGGCUGAGCCCUGAUGGGAAACAAGUGCUCCAAUGGCCUGUUGCAGAAUUAGAAACUUUGAGGGGACAAAAGGUCGACUUGAAAAGUAUUCAAAAUAUGAUACCGGGAAAACUUGUUGAAGUUAAAGGAAUAACCGCUGCUCAGGCUGACGUUGAUGUUACAUUCUCGCUGGCGAGCUUGGACAAAGCUGAGGAGUUUGACCCUAACUGGGAAAAGCUUGACGCCGAAUCAGUUUGUGCCCUAAAGCGUUCGCAUGUUCAAGGGGGCGUCGGUCCAUUUGGGCUCGCGACGUUGGCUUCACAAAACCUAGAGGAGUUCACUCCUGUCUUCUUUAGGGUUUUUAAAACUAAAGACAAUAAGCAUAAGGUUCUCAUGUGCUCUGAUGCAAAAGGUUCAACUUUGAGGCCGUUUGACAUCAAACAGUAUAGACCAUCAUUUGCUGGCUAUGUAGAUGUAGAUUUAGCAGCUGAGAAGAAGAUUUCUCUAAGGAGUUUGAUUGAUCAUUCCGUUGUCGAAAGUUUCGCAGCUGGAGGAAAAACAUGCAUCUUGUCCAGGGUUUAUCCCACAUUAGCUGUCAACGAUGCUGCUCACUUGUUUGUGUUCAACAAUGGGACAGAGCCUGUUUCUGUACAGACCCUCAGCGCAUGGAGCAUGAGUCCUCCUAAGCUAAUGAACCAAAAUUUAAACUUCUGA